GUUUAAAUGGGCCAAGUUGGAGAAGCGGCGGCGGAGAGCGCAGAUCUUGUUUGGUCUGGGUCUAACUAAAGCGUGACUUUACCGGAGUGCACAGGGUUAACAGAGCGGGGGAACGGAGCGGGGGAACGUCCCGUUAACUCUACACUCUCUCCUGCACUCUGAUACUUUAUUAUAACCGGCUGGAGAGGAACCGCGCUGCUGUUCUGGGUUGGUUUUGUCAAAAAUAAGAACUUUUUCUUAAGAAAAUUUUAUUAUUCAUUACUUUUUUUGGAUUGGUCGGCAGCAUGUGUGUUUUUGCAAGAGUGUGAACCCAGCAGGGGGGCUGGCUGCGUUACGCGCGGGCUGGACCACCACCACCUGCUGCUUGUUGUGGUACUUCUAAUGAUGAGGAUGUUGGUGAUGAUGAGGAGGAGGAGUAGCUAAGAGAAGUUCUGGAGCAGCUGUGGAUGAAAGUUGUCUGCCAGCCAUCCAUUCAUCCAGGGCGCGCGCGGAGAUCACCAGCCGGCAGCGUAUAGUAAGUACACAGUGUGGAUAAGAUAAGAGCGGAGUAUACGAGCACGGAGCACAGAGCACGCGAGAGGGAUCCAUCCAAUGAACCUCCAGCAAUGUCCGCGCCGCCUCUGCUCGUGCCGCUGUUGUGGACGGGAUGGCCGGUACUAGCCCCAACUCGGAGGGCGCUGCUCCCGCCGUUGCGCCCACUGCACCUCUGAGCCCGAGCGCCGCCGCCGCCGCGACCACCAGCACCGACGACACUGACUCCGACAGCAUCGACAGCAACAUCAGCUCUACCACCACCUAUUCCACCACUACCACCGACGAGGGACACUGGGACAGCAUGCCCGCCGUGAAGAGGGAGCGCGCCGACGGAGACGACAUGGCCCUGGCCGCCUUCCACCGGCAGUCUGUCUACGCUGCGCCCCCAACCGCCGCCGCGCUGCCGGUGGUCACCCCGCACCCGCCGCCCUAUGACCGCGUCCUGGCGCCUCGCACCUACUUAGGACUGCACGACGCCACCGCCGCCGCUGCUGCCGCCGCUCACGCCGUGGCCGCAGCACACGCCGCCGCGGCAGCCGCCUCGCUGCACCGCCCGCCGCACGCCGACGACCUCAUGCUGGAGAGGUUCUCGUCGGUGCCGGACUUCCAGCCCUUCUUCGACAGCGGCGAGCCGUGCAUCGAGGUGGAGUGCGGCGAGAACAAGGCGCUGCUGUAUAUCAGCAAACUGUGCCAGGGCAGCAAGGGACCCUCCAUCAAGUACCGGGGCGAGUGGCUCACCCCCAACGAGUUCCAGUUCGUCAGCGGCAGGGAGACAGCCAAGGACUGGAAGAGGAGCAUCCGGCACAAAGGGAAAAGUCUGAAGACACUUAUGUCUAAAGGAAUCUUACAGGUGCAUCCUCCGAUCUGCGACUGCCCUGGGUGUCGAAUUUCAUCUCCUGUGAACCGUGGGCGUUUGGCGGAGAAGCGCACCAUCCCGUUGCCUCCAACCCGUGUGCCCAAGAAGGAGCUGGCCUCUGUUUUCAGCAGCGACGACAGCGAGGGAAGCGAGAGGGUCAACGGUGACCAUGCUGACAUUAAGCAAGAAGAGGAUCUCCACUACACGAUGAUGAGAAGGAGUAGUCGUGACAGUGACCUCUCAACGAUCAUCUCAAACCUGCACCACACCCGACAGCACGGCAUGCCUGAGGGCCAGCCCUGCUCUGACAUCACCCUCGCCUCCGCACACUCAGAUGACAUUCUAGGCAAGAAGAGAGCAUACUCCCCCAACAGCAGCAGCGAGUGCCCCUCCGACAGCAAGAAGCCCCGCAGCGCCUCCCCCAAAGAAAACUCUCACACUCCUACACUGGAGCCAGGCAUUCACAUGACCCCCGAAGAACACUACAGGCGCAUGAUGUCAGCGCUGAACGAACACGGCUCUUACGAAGAGCAGCAGCAGCGCCUCUACCAGCUCGCCAGCAACAUGGGCGUCCCAACCCACGAGUUGCUGCGUGUGCGUCAGGAGGCCUUGAAUGCUGUGAGGAACCCAGCAGCCAUGGAGGCCCACCUGCCGUCAGCAGGCAGCUCAUCCAGCCAGCGGCGGAAACAAGGCCUGCCCCAACACAGAGACGCUCACUUCACAGAGAGGGAGAUGUCCCACCCUCCGCCAUUGUUGUCCCCUCAGAACGCUCCUCAUAUCGCCCUGGGACCUCAUCUACGACCCCCCUUCCUGGGAAUGCCCUCUGCACUCUGCCAGACACCAGCAUAUGGUUUCCUGCAGCCAGCCCAGGCUGAGAUGUUCGCGCGUCAGCAGGAGAUGCUUCGCAAACAGAACCUCGCCAGGUUGGAGAUGUCCGCAGAGCUGCUGAGACAGAAAGAACUAGAAAAUCUGCACCGGCAGCGCCUGCUAACCGACCCGCUGGGGCUCCACCCAGGCCUUCCCGCUGAGCACCCGGCCCUGCGCAGCCUGCAGGACAUCCCCGAGGGCCACCCGCUGCGGGAGGAGAUCAACCGCCGCAACGCCAUGUUAGUCUUGCGUCACAACAACACGCCGCUGCUGUCGCUUAACCACCAGGGGGCGGCAGCAAGCACCUCCUUUAAGGAGUCCAGCAGCCGCAAGAGCUCGAGGAAAGGGGGUCCACUACAGGGAGACCAGGGGGGCGGGCCGUCCGAGGUCAAGGAGUCACAGGGGGAAAUGAGGACGCGGGACGGGGAGGUGGAGGGACAGGACGAAGACAUGAAAGACUCGGACAGUGACACGGAGGCUGGGGACGACCGGCCGGAGGGGACGUCUAAAGCUGACGGACACGGGCUCAACUCGGAGGCGUGCCAAGGCAAGGACGGGGGCAAGCACGGAGAGGGGCUGAAGGAACUCGGGGAGGGGUCGGGCAGACUCAGCGUCCCCUGCAGCUCCGCUGGACCAGAUUCACCCAGCCACCAUCUCUUCACACCAGGACUGAGCAAGAGCGAAGCCAAGUAUCUUCCACCAGGGGCGCUGCCGCCUUUACCCACGCUGCCGGGCCAGGCCCUGCCCUUCGGCUUCCCCUACACCAACCCCUACUUUCACACAGGCGCCAUGGGAGGUCUGUUUGUGGACGGCGACGAGGCGGCGGCGGUAGCGGCAGAGGACAUCAGCAAGUGGAGUGUGGAGGAGGUGUGCAGCUUCAUCAGCAGCCUGGCAGGCUGUGGAGAGUACACCCAGGUGUUUCGAGAGCAGGCUAUCGACGGCGAGACACUGCCGCUCCUGACUGAAGAGCACCUGCUCAACAACAUGGGGCUGAAACUGGGCCCUGCACUCAAGAUCCGCUCUCAGGUGGCCCGGCGCAUUGGCAGAAUAUUCUACAUGACCAGCUUCCCGCUGGCCCUCCCGCUGCCGCCAUCUGCUCUGCGCCCCCCGGACAGGGACCCCCUGCCCGCAGAGACCCGGCCGCCCUCCGCCGGCAGCACCUCCUCCCCCUUCAGCGCGCCUCCGGCCUGCCGCGCCUCCCCCAAGCAGGAGAACGGAAAUCCACCCCCGGCGGGGUCUUACGACUCCACUAAAGCUCUCUCGUAGAGGCGGCCAUUAAAGCACUGACUGCUUGCUUCCCCCGUAUGGGCUGGGGGCGUGGAGCAGCACUACGGGAAGGAGCACUAUGGAGGAAGACGGGGAGGAUUGGAGGAGGGGGUCUCUUUGAACUGUUGUUUGUUUUCUUCCUCUCAACCUCCCAGCCCGCCUCCCCUCCUCCGUCCCCUCACCAAAUUUAAAAAAGUUAAAAGCAAACUUGAGGAGGACCUUCAUACUGAGGCACUUAUCAGUUUAGGGGAAAAGUAAAACGUGGAAAAGACUGCAUAGACUGACAAUAAGAAACAAUGCAAGCUUGAACACCCAGCUCCACCCAGCUCCACCCAGCUCUACACAGCGCAGCGGCCGCGAAACAAGCCCAAUCCAAAGAUGAUCCAACAGGGGACUGAGGAUGAGUGUGAGAGAGGAAAGAAGGGAGGGAGAGAGGAAGGGAGGAAGCAGGAUCAUAAGCAGACAGUGGUGCUCGGACCCCUUUCGCCAGAAAGAAAGAAUUCUUUUGUGGCAGAAGGAGACAGACAGCGGCGGGAUGAACUCUCCAUGGUACCCGACCCCUUUCAGAACACAGAACUCCAAGAGACCAUUUAUUUUCCUGUUUUCUCUCCUCUCUUCCUCUCCUCAGCUUCCAGCCAUUUCCAAACUGGAAUCCUCUGGAGCCGGUUUUGGUUCGGAGAAACUGACUCUCCGAGAGAAAGGAGUGAAUACAAAUGCAGAAAGGAACUCAUUUGCUCUCUUCAUCAGCGCAACUAUGCAUUCCACGGUCCAAUACCAAAGAUGAAUGGACGUGUGGAAUAUCAGCCGAUACCUAGCAUUGGUUCUCGCACCGUUCCCCUCAGCUCACCUUACCUGUGGCGAAUAGGCAAGGUGCAGGCGGGGUAAAGGAGCAGGCGAGACGUGGCCUCAGCCGUAGAGAAGAGAUGUAGAGCACUUAACACUCUCGCAGCCAAAAGCCAUCAUCCAAAGCAACAGCCAGAAGAUAAAUAAGAAGUAAAAAAGAUAUAAGAAAAAAUAAACUUUUGAGGUUUCCUCAGAUCUUUUGCUCUGCAAAGGUUCAGAUGUUGAGGGUAUCUGAUCUCUAAAUGGAAUCAAGGUCAUUCAAAGUUCACAUUUAUUACUUUGGGAGAGAGCGUUACGCUGAAUUGUACAAAAGAAAAACACGCUUUAGAGGAGAAUAUAGUGAAGGUUACAUAAGUGGUACUUUUUGUUAAGUGUUGCACGCAUUUUUUAAAUACCGAACAAAAAUGUGACUGGCUGACUUGGUGGCACUUUUGUUCACAUAUUUUAAUAUUAUUAUUAUUAAUAUUUUUUUUUUGGUUGGUUUGUUUGCUAUGUAUCUCAGUCAAAUUAUUGAAGAGUCCCAUUUUCAGAUGCUACUUAAGCAUAUAAAUACGAGGGGAAAUAAAAUAUUUAUAGGAUUUUUUUUUUUUUUGUCGUAGCUGGAUUGACGAAAUACCAUGUAUAAAAUAAAUCGUCCUCUAAAUGGAUCCCAAAGAAUAAUACUUUUUUUCUUUGUCUUUGUUGCAGGGAAAAUUAAAGGCACAAAGCUCUUUAUGCAAAUGUUUGAAAUUGUUUUUCUUUUUCUGUUUUGUUUUUUUAAACAUAAGCGUUGAAUUAAAAAACAAAAACGGUCUCUAGAUUUUCAGUCAAUGUUUUGUCUUUAUCCUAUUUUUCUAUUCACCGCUGGGUGAAAUAAAUCCUAUGGAAAUCUUCCAAAUGAUUUUCCCUCUA